AGAUGAGAGUAAAAUCAUCUUCGGCAAUCUGUCGCAGGUGGUGGACUUUCAGGUGAUGUUCUCGGCUGAGCUUUUAGCAACCAGUCAACUGCCACUCCAUCAACAGCGCGUGGGCGCCUGUUUCAUGAAACAUGCGGAGCAAUUCAAAUGCUACACCAUGUACUGUGCCAAGCACUCCAAAGCACUGGAGCUGUUGAAUCGGCUGGGCACACGCAGCAAAUUAAAGGAAUUCGAAAGGAAGAAGGCAAUGGAUUUGGCCAGCGGCGGGGGCCAACGCAAUCUGUCGCUCAGCUCACUCGUCAUGAAACCAGUGCAACGGAUCUGCAAAUACCCUCUGCUGCUCAAGGAGUUCCGUCAGAAAACACCAAGUGACCAUUUGGACUAUGUACAGCUCACAUCAGCCCUGUCCAUGAUGGAGGAAUUGGCUGAGUACAUCAAUGAAAUGACGCGUAAGAUGGAAGACAUGCAGAGCAUGGUGACUCUGCAGCAGCAGAUCGACGGCUGGCAGGGACUCUCGCUCAUGGGCUGUGGCACUAUGCUACGACAGGGGAUACUCAGC